AAGGUGGAGGUCUUCCGAGAAUUCCACGCAUUCUCUCAAUUGCAAGUAUGAAGUCGAGUUUGGUUUUCGCUGUCCUGGUGCUGGCCGCCGUUGUGGCCGUCGGCCUCGCCGCUCCCGCCGUUGACGUUCCACUGCAAGAAGACACCUUUCAAGCCAAAGCACAGGUCGGUUGGCAAGGGGUCGUGGAUUUAUUUGCAAAAAAUCAGGUGUCAGAAGACGAAAGCGCGCUGAAUGAGGAUCAGGCUGUCGAAGGGAUGCUUGAAGAGGUGCAGCAGGGCGCUCGCUACAGGAGAUCUGAAGCCGCGUACUGGCGUUGCGUGAGCAGGGGAUCCAUUUAUAAAUAUUAUAACGGAAAGUGCCACGUGUGUCCAUCCUACAAACUGACUUCACACCCAUGUAUACCGGUGUAAUGAGUAAAAAAAAAAAUCUAAUAAAGUUGAAGCAUUCUAAAAAUU